CGACCUCUCUUCUUCCCCCUCCGCCUUCGAUUUCGCCAUUCCUCUCCUCGAAGAAAAACCCUAGCUUUUGCCCUCCUUCGAUCUCAUCUUUGAUUUUUUCUUUCCGUCUCUAUUGAUCUCUUCCGCAUUGCGUAUUGGAUAUUUGGACGUUUGAAUCCGUUCUAACAGAUCGAAAUGGAAUUCGAGGACCGAUACCGACCGGCUCAGAGGCCUAAAUACGACUGCCUUCUCUUUGAUCUCGACGAUACUCUGUACCCCUAUAGCUCUGGCCUGGCAACCGAGUGCUGCAAAAACAUUGGAGAUUAUAUGGUCGAGAAGCUCGGGAUUGAGGAGAGCAAGAUGCCAGACUUGUGUAAUUUACUGUACAAGUACUACGGGACAACCAUGGCCGGUCUAAGGGCCAUUGGCUACAAUUUUGAUUAUGAGGAUUACCACAGUUUUGUUCAUGGAAGAUUGCCUUAUGACAAGCUGAAGCCAGAUCCUGUCCUCAGACAUCUUCUCCUGAGCCUGCCAAUUCGCAAAGUGAUUUUCACAAAUGCUGAUAAGGUGCAUGCGGCCAAAGUACUUAGUAAGCUGGGGUUGGAAGACUGUUUUGAAGGAAUUAUAUGCUUUGAGACUCUGAAUCCACCAGGUGAUUCGCCUUCGCCAUGCGGUCUACCAGCCACAGCAGAUGUCUUCGACAUCCUCGAGUACUUCGCUCAGCCAGAUGCUGGUGCUGGUUUCGAACUCCCGAAGACGCCAAUUCGAUGCAAACCAUCCAUCGAUGCCAUGGAGCAUGCUCUCAAAAUCGCCAACAUUAACCCCCAGAGAACGAUUUUCUUUGAUGACAGCCUUCGCAAUAUCCAGUCAGGCAAACGCAUUGGUCUCCAUACAGUGCGGGUGGGCACUUCACAUAGAGUCAAAGGUGCAGACCAUGCACUGGAAAGCAUCCACAACAUCAGGGAAGCGUUGCCCGAGCUGUGGGAGGAUGCUGAGAAAUCAGAGGAUGUCCGAUACAAGGGCAAGGUUGCAAUCGAGACAUAUGUGACCGCUUAAUGUUUGAUGCUUCUUCCAUGUAAUUAGUCUCAGAUGUCGAGGACUCAUCCUCGCAAUCUAGCUCUGCUUGGUUCAUCCUUGUGAAAUUAUGGUUGGGAAUGGGCAGGUUUCCAUCCUCACAGGAUGUAUGUAUUGUUAUCGUUAUUCAGAAAUAAAAAUUUUUAUUUUCUCUGCGUA